UAACUGCGACCUUGCCGGUUGAGCGGCAUGGCCGCAGAAAUCGACCCCAAGACGGAAGCUCUCGUGCGCCAGCUCCACAGAGAGCUGAACGGACUAACACGCACCUCCCGUCGCGCCAACGCAACGUACGGGCUUUCUUUCGACUCCACCGGCGCGGCCAAGCAACAGCAGCCUCAGCGCGACAAGGAAACUCGCUCGGAGGGCACAGGGGUUGCUGGGGCCCUGGUGAAACGGCAAAGGACCGAAAAGGAGCGCGACCGGGAACGUGAGCGCGACCGGGACCGGGGCCGCACCGGGACCUAUGCGGGCGGCAGCGGAAGCCACAGGAAGCGCACGCCCCCACCGGCUACGCGGCAACGGCAACGCCGCGUGCGAGGCAUAGACGAUAGCGAUAAUGCAGCAUCCGAUGAGGAGCGCAAAGAGGAAGGCGAGGCGGAUUCUGACGACUCCGAUGACGAGGAUGAAGAACAGGUGUACCAGUCUACACGGACGUCCAGCGGGUCAGAGGAAUCGCGGUCUGAAUCGGAAUUGCAGGUGCACAAGCGGCACAAAGGAGGCAGCAACCGGGAAGAUCGGGAUGGCAGCAAAGGCGAUAGGGAUGGCGGAAAGCAGCGGGAGAGGGAGCACGAGCGGCAGAGGGAUUUAGAUCGGCGGAGGGAGAGGGAGAGGGAGAGGGACCGGGAGCAACGCACUGCCGGGCCGAUGGGCACACCCACGAAUCCCCCUUCUCGCUGCGCCAUCCCUGCUCGGACCGACCCCGGUGGUAGCAGCCGCAAAGGCGAGCCGCUUGGGGCGCAGCAGCCAAGCAUCCAGGACGCCAGGGAUCCUGACCGAUCCCGCGGCCAAGCCGUCGUAAUGCAAGUCAGGGAUGUGGCGGGGACCGCUGGCGGGCUGGCUGCACAAGCUGAGCCGGGAUUGACCCGAGCAGCGGCGCAGCAGCAGCAGUUGCAGCAACAGAUGGUGGAGCAACAGCUGAGCCCGCUGGAGGCCGCAGCUGCGGCAGCGAGCGGGGCUGUGAAGGAACAAGCCAAGGCACUCGGGCAGGUUGCAGAUAACCGCUUUGUCAAGUGCUUUCACGCGGGAGUUCGGUGGGGCAUCAAGUUGUCCCGGCAGGCGCUGCAAACCCGCAGCGACCUGGCCACAGCCCUUAAUGAUGCCUUCGCCGGCGAAAUCCUAAGCUGCGGCCGCGGCGAGACGCUUUUCAUCGUGUUUCUGGAUGCCCAGGGCAAGGCGACCGAGUUCCCAUCGCUGCGCGGACCCAACGGGCGCGGCAAGGACAGCGCCACAAAAUGGCGCGCCAUG